AUGUCAGCUCCUUCAUCAUCCGCUGCCGCCUAUGGACCUCCUCCAGGCCCACGUCUGGUCACUGCGAUCCCGAAGUCUGCGUUGAAAGCACUUGAGCCCCGUCCCGGUGGCCGUUGGGUCGUCGAAAAUGAAUCCGAAGGCGUAUUCCGCUUCGUGUAUAUAAUGGGUGAAGAAGAGGCAGUCUACUACUCUCUUCGCCCUUGUUCAACCGAAGAAGAGAUUCGAGAUAAUUGCAAGGACUUCAUCUAUGACAUGCCCUCUUCCUCUCCUCAGACCGGAAACUCCAAUCAACCCCCAGCGAACAACAAUCCACCUGGAACAUUCUUCCCAACGGCCUUUGCGCCCCAGCAGCAGCCAGCGCAACCCCAUGGCCAGUUCGGACAUGGAAUCCCCAUUACUGGUCCUACAAGCUAUGCAGUGCCCCAGAACAUUGGCGGUACAUCAGCCUCCAUGCCCGCCCCCUCCCAUUCUGGCCAAAAUUUUGGCCCUCUCAUGGACCAUACCAAUCCCCAGCCGGCUGUCACAAGCGAGCAAAACGGUAUUCAACAGUCUCCCAUGUCUGUUGCAUCUCCAUCCACAACUGGAAACAACUGGCCAAUGAAUGGUAACUUCCUCCCUCCAAUGGGGGAGAACACUGAGAACACCAUUGCUUUCACCUCGGCUUCACCAAAUUCAUUUGGUCCAUCCAACGCAGAUGGCAAUUGGACCCAAUUCUUUGGCAAUGGGUUCAACAAUGGGUACAACCCACAGUAA